ACAGCACAUUUCCAAAACAUCCUCCCAAUAGAAUCUUAACCUUUACCACCAACUAUUGCAUCACCAUAUAUUUAACCAAUUAUAAAUCGAUCCUCUCUUAAAAAAAACACUCUGCUCAUCAUCUUCUCCAAUCUCCAUUCUAUAAUCAUAUCACACAAAACCAGAUGCAACCCACUUCAUAACUCUCCAAAUCACCAUCUGGGUACUCAUUAAAAUCUCCUUUUGACAAUGUCGCUUUCUCACUUGUUUUCCGGCGCCGCCGGCGUGUUUUUUCUUGUAUCUCUCUUCGCCGCCGUUAAUUCUGACCUUGCCGCCGAUAAAGCAGUGCUGCUAGCCCUCCGGGCGGCCGUUGGUGGCAGAACCCUUCUGUGGAAUACCUCAGAAUCAUCUCCUUGUAAAUGGGUCGGAGUUUAUUGCCAAUCGGAUCGGAUUCUGGAGCUUCAUAUACCCGGAAUGGGUCUUUCCGGGAAGUUACCGGAGAAUACACUCGGGAACUUGACUCACCUGAACACAUUGAGUCUUAGGUAUAAUGCGCUUACGGGCUCACUUCCUUCAGAUUUGUCGUCGUUGAGUAAUCUUCGAAAUCUUUAUUUGCAAUCGAAUCUUUUUUCAGGGGAGAUACCUAGUAGUAUAUUUAGUUUGACGAAUUUGGUGAGGCUAAAUUUGGCUUCGAAUAAUUUUUCGGGGGAGAUUUCGAGUGAUUUUAAUAAGUUGAAUCGGUUAGGUACAUUGUAUUUGGAGAAAAAUAGUCUUAGUGGGGAAAUUCCUAAUCUUGAUUUGCCUGGUUUAGUUCAGUUCAAUGUGUCUGAUAAUUUGUUGAGUGGUGAAAUUCCGGCUAAGCUUAGGAGUAAGCCAGAGAGUGCGUUUGUCGGGAAUGCUGCAUUGUGUGGAGGGCCUCUUAAGUCUUGUGAUGGGAGUGAGGGGAGUGAUGAUAAGAAGAGUGAUAAGCUUUCUGGUGGUGCGAUUGCAGGGAUUGUAGUUGGAUCUAUUGUUGCGCUUUUGGUGAUUUUGUUGAUCUUGUUUUUUGUAUGUUGUAGAAAGCGUGCUAAGAAAGAUGAAGUUAAGAAUGAGGUUAGGGCGGUUAAGGAAAGUGAAGCUGUUGAAGUUCGUACUGAAAAACCGGCUGAGAAUGAAGGUAAUUUGGGUCAUGCUGUUGAUUUGAAGGAUAAAGGAGAGGCUAAGGUAAGCGGGGGGAAGAAAUUGGUGUUUUUUGGGGCACAAGCGAAGGGGUUUGAUUUAGAAGGACUUUUGAGGGCUUCUGCUGAGGUUUUAGGCAAAGGGACAUUCGGGACUGCGUAUAAGGCGGUUUUGGAGACGGGAGUGGUGGUGGCCGUGAAAAGGUUGCGAGAAGUGGCUGUGUCGGAGAAAGAAUACCGGGAAAAGAUUGAAGGUGUUGGGAAAAUGGAUCAUGAAAAUUUGGUGCGUUUAAGAGCUUACUUUUACAGUGCGGAAGAGAAUCUACUUGUUUAUGAUUACAUGCCUAUGGGAAGUUUAUCUGCACUUCUGCAUGGAAACAGAGGUGCAGGCAGGACUCCCUUAAACUGGGAAACACGAUCAGCAAUUGCGCUUGGCGCUGCCCGUGGUAUUGCAUACAUCCACUCUCAAGGGUCUACAGUCUCCCAUGGAAACAUUAAAUCAUCAAAUGUCCUUCUCACUACGUCAUAUGAGGCUCGGGUUUCUGACUUUGGCCUCGCUCAAUUGGUCGGACGUAAUAACAGUCCCAACCGUCUUGAUGGUUAUCGGGCACCAGAGGUAACGGAUCAUCGAAAGGUCUCCCAGAAAGCAGAUGUCUACAGUUUUGGUGUAUUGCUACUGGAGCUCCUAACAGGUAAAGCCCCCACCCACGCCCUCUUGAACGAAGAAGGCGUGGACCUCCCAAGGUGGGUACAAUCUGUUGUCAGGGAAGAAUGGACAUCUGAGGUUUUUGAUCUUGAGCUCCUUAGGUACCAAAACGUCGAGGAGGACAUGGUUCAGCUUUUACAGCUAGCCAUCGACUGUUCUGGUCAGUAUCCUGACAACCGUCCCUCAAUGAACGAGGUAUCACAGAAAAUCGAAGAGCUUUGUCUCUCAAGUUCACAACAAGACCCACAAAACGACACAAUCGAUACGGAUUCAAAUGCACCACCGUCUUCAGGUGCAGUCUAAAAGUCGAUUAUCAUUCUUUAAAUGUUUUCUUUUGAUUUAUUCGGAGAUAUUUAUUUUAAAGUGGGAAUUGUUUCAACUGUGAAUCUUUCUUUCUGGCACACAUUGUUCUCCUUUGUUGAUUAUUUCACACUGUAAUUCUUAAAGUAGCAUAGUAUUCUUUCUGGUUCAUUGAAGUGUGUAUAACUUUUCUAGUUCUUGUGCUUGGUUGUAGAGCCCUGUAAGUACUUUAUUCUUCUUUUCUUGAUGUUUCAACUUUAGCUUUUGCUUUC